GUAACUGUUUGUUUGGAGAUUGACCAUGCCUGUCUUGACUACGCUGUGUUAAAUAAAGCUCGCAUCUGGAUCUUACACGCUUCCCUGGAGUCCCAUUACAACGGCCUUUACAAUAAAGAUGCUUGUGCUGGUCGGUGUUUGCGCGCUGCUGAUCGCCGGAGCUUCUGCCCGCAACGGCAAUUUUUUGGACGACAAAUGGAUGACCGGGAGAUGGGACAAAUUCAGAGAUGAACCAGGAACAUGGAGCCCAGGAAAACCAUUCGAUCAAGCUCUGGACCCUGCCAAAGAUCCGUGCCUCAAGAUAAAAUGUGGCCGCCGUAAAGUGUGUGUGGCUGAAGAUUACCAAACACCCACCUGUGUUAGUCAACGUAGAAUGAGUUUUAAGGACAUGAAUUUAAACUCACCACUGCUGAAAUGCAAAAGAUGUCCAGUUGUGCACCCUUCACCUGUUUGUGGAACAGACGGACACACUUACUCCACCAAGUGUAAACUAGAAUAUCAAGCUUGCAUCUCUGGGAAGCAGAUUUCUGUGAAGUGUCCAGGACAGUGUCCCUGCCCUUCAGGAAAUCCAGCAGAGAAGAGAGAGUGCGGUACCCCGGAGAUGAUUGAAGUGGUCAGCAGAUUACGAGAGUGGAUCACAGUUCUUCAUGAAAGUGGCAAUCCCAGCAAGAAAUACAAGUUCCAGAAACCAGAGAAAAAGGUGGACACGAGUAAGGUGUCCCUCUGUAAGGACUCUUUGGGCUGGAUGUUCUCCAGACUGGACACAAACUUUGACCUUCAGCUCGACCAAUCAGAGCUGUCCGGCCUGAGCUCAGAGAAGAGUGAUGUGUGCACUAAAGCCUUCCUCAGGUCAUGUGACCCAGACAGAGACAGGCUUGUUUCCAGCCAGGAGUGGUGUUCUUGCUUUCAGAGAUAUCAAGAGGCUCCCUGCCAGUCAGAGAUCACCGUCAUCCACAAACAGCAAGCUGGGAAGAAAUUACUGGGUCCGUACAUUCCUUCCUGUGAUGAGGAUGGUUUCUACAGGCCUCAUCAGUGUCAUGGCAGCAGUGGUCAGUGCUGGUGUGUGGACCGCUAUGGAAAUGAGAUUGCUGGGUCUCAUACCCACGGGCAUGCUGACUGUGCCGCGGAGUCUUCUGGAGAUUUUGGCAGCGGUGACUCUCUUCUCUCAGACGAUGAGGAUGGUGAUGUUGUAAAUGAUGAAGAGGAACUGGGAGAUGAUGAUGAAUAUGAACAGGUUGAUGAUGAGUAUGGGUACCUGUCAUAAUCCAUUUUCCGCUGUCUUUUUUUUAAUUAUUAUUAUUUUAAAACAUUUAAUGACAAGGAACCAAAUAAAAAACAGACUUUCAUUUGGUUUUAAAGCACGUUUGUAGGUGAUCUCGGCGGAGUGCAUUACUAACAUUACUAAAGGGUUCAUCUACCCCCGUGCCGUAUAACAUUUGUACAAAAUUAAUAUCAAAACUCAAUAACCACGUUUCAUUUUUAUUACAUUUCUUAUAUUCAUCCAAAGUGAAUAAAUAUAUUGACAGACCUAGAAGUUCAGGAAUUCAUACGAUGGUUUGAUGAGAGAUUACUGAGGGUUAAACGUUUGCACUUAUAAACAUGCACACACAUACGAAAUCAUGAUUUCAUGAGCAACUCGCUCUGUAACCUUUACACCUGCUAGGAUGUGAUUUUACAGUCAUGCCAUGAGGAGUUAACAUCGAUAUUCACAGUCUCAUUGAUUUUUCUUUUUUUCCCAUCAGCAGAAUACUUAAAAUUACAGAUAAACUAUCAAGAUGUAUCAGUGUUUGAUAUGUAAAGUUGGACUUUUUAGAGCAAACUUGUUUGAAAUGGUUAAGACGUGCCUGGAGUGACCACACGUCAGACACACAAUAAAAUAGAUGUGACUGCAGUCGAUGUUAGGAGAGGACAGAGUCAUGCUAUUUACAGAGGCUUAAACACACACACGCACACACACUCACACACACUUAUCUUGUGAACGCUUUGGCAGUCCUUGGGCAUGAGGUGCCUUUGACGCAACAUGGAGGAGCGGUGGAAACGAGGUCUGGGGAAAAAGAGAGAAGAUAUUUAGUGUUAGAAUGUAGAACUUGACUGCCAUAUGAAUCUUUAAAGAAAAAAAAAAGAGAGGUUUUUGCGUCACGUUCUCUGUUGUUUUGGUCUAUAGGAGAAAGUGAAAAUGAUUAGUUAGUUUGCAUAUGUUACUGUAGACAACAAAUCAUAUGAUAGAUGCUGCUGCUGUCACUUAUUCUCCUCGUCCCUCUCAGUGCUUUUGCAUUUUCUGUCAGAUUUGUUUUCAUGAUGUGCAUAUGAAAAUAUAAAUUUCCUUCUAUGGACAUUGUGGUGUUUUCUGAAAAAAAAAAAAAAAAGUUAUUUGGUAAAAUGAGUUUAUGAUAAUCAGUUUCAGAGGUCAAAGGAACCACCUUUAUCAGUGUUGUCCUGCUGUUGUCAUAGAGAUAACACAUUUUGGUUUGUUUGUUUUUUACAGUAUACAUAUAAUUUGCUCAAAUAAAGUUACACAGACCAAAACAGA